AUCUUGGAUUGGCAGACAAGCGUCCAAUAGACGAUGAGCCGUUCCGUACGAUUUUAAGCGUGCUCGUUCACGUACCUGAGCGCGCCAGCCAUUGAAAACUAGUCUGGACUUGUGGGCAGAAAGUGGCAGACCACGCAGGUCUGCCCACUGCUGGGUCCUGAACUUCUGAAUCCUUUGACAGAACCAAAAGCUGUAAAAAUGGCAGAGUGGAACGCCUACUACCAGAAUGAGGAUGAGGAUGAAGAAGAGCAAGAGGAAGGAGCUCAAUCUGGAGGAGAUUACAAGAUCUCAGGGAGAGACAGUUUGGUCUUCUUGGUUGAUGCCUCCAAGGAAAUGUUCAUCAAAGGAGAAGAUGGACAGCCCUCUAACUUUGACAUGACCAUGCAGGUUGUGCGCAGUAUGUACACCAAUAAAAUCAUUAGUAGUCACAGGGACCUGAUGGCUUUGGUUUUCUACGGCACAGAGCAGAGCAAAAAUCCCAGGAACUCAUUCAAGCAUGUCUACGUGUACCACGACCUCGAUGAACCCGGUGCAAAGCGAGUACAGGACGUAGACGCUCUGCGGGGGGAAAAAGGUGCCCAGCUAGCAGCAGAGGCCAUGGGCAGCGGGGAGACGUCGUUAGGCGACGCCCUCUGGUGCUGCGCCAACCUCUACAGUGACAUCAAGCUACGGCUCUCACAAAAGCGGCUCAUGAUCUUCACCUGCAGGGAUGAACCACACGGGGGCGACAGUGCGAAAGACCGACAGGCUCGCACCAAGGCCAGUGACCUCAAAGAGACCGGUGUCAUCAUUGAUUUAAUGCAUCUGAUGAAACCGGGCGGCUUCGAUGUCUCACCCUUCUUUCGUGACAUUGUAAGUCCUCCUGAGGAUGAGAGCGAGUUGGGGUUGCAGCUAGGGCCUUGUGACAAACUGGAGGACCUCCAGAAGAGGGUGCGGGCCAAGGAACAAAAGAAGAGAGCCAUGGCCAGGUUAAACCUGUGUCUUGGUGAGGGCAUAAACGUAGCUGUAGGGAUUUAUGCAACUGCUGUGGCAGCUCGGAAACCAGGUGCCAUCAGACUUUACAGGGAAACCAAUGAGCCAGUCCACAGCAAAACCCGAACCUUCCACACCCAGACUGGCAGCCUGCUGCUGCCCAGUGAGAUAAAGAAAGCCCAGACGUAUGGUAAAAAACAGAUAGUGAUGGAGAGGGACGAGGUGGACUCUAUCAAGAAGUUUGAAGAUCCUGGACUGUUUCUGAUCGGCUUCAAACCUAUGGAGAAGCUCAAACUUCACCACCAUAUCCGACCUGCUGUCUUCCUCUACCCCGAGGAGGACGAGGUGAAAGGCAGCGCAUGUCUGUUCUCUGCCUUGUUGACAAAGUGCAGCGAGAGGAACGUGUUCGCUCUGUGCCGUUGCGUCUCUCGCCGAAACUACCCACCGCGAUUUGUUGCCCUGGUGCCUCAGAAAGAGGAGGUCGACGAGGGGAAAGUACAGAUUACACCACCAGGUUUCAACGUCAUCUACCUGCCAUACGCUGACGACAUACGGACUCUGGAUCCCCCCCAGUGCCCCUCGGCUUCACAAAUACAGGUGGACAAGAUGAAGGAGAUCGUCUCCAAGCUGCGCUUCAAAUACAGGAGUGAUGCUUUUGAGAAUCCAGUCAUCCAGCAGCAUUACAGGAACCUGGAGGCCUUGGCCCUGGAUAUGAUGGCUCCAGAGGACAUAGAGGAUCUCAUCAUGCCAAAGGUGGACCAGAUUGACCGCCGUCUGGGUCCUUUGGUUCAGGAAUUCAAAGAUCUGGUCUACCCUGCCGACUACAACCCUGAGAGCAAACCAGCUCCCAAACGCAAAACAGCUGAUACAGGAGGCGGAGCUGAAAAAAAGCCCAAAGUGGAGGUGUCACAAGACGAGCUGAGGGCCCAUGUGCAGAACGGCACCCUGGGAAAGCUGACCGUACCCAUGUUGAAGGAGGCCUGUAAGCAAGUUGGGGUGCGGACCACUGGGACCAAGAAGCAGGAGCUGAUAGAUGCUCUGACAGCCCGGCUGGGCCCAUGAGGAGUUAAAUAUACAACUCACCAUGCCUUCAUGAGCAGACGAACUUUACUGUGUGGCCUGUGAAUUUUGGGACGGACUGGGACAUAAAAAUGUUUCCUGUUUUUCUUUCUCAUAUUUCAGUGCAGCUCAGUGCUAAUGUCUGCAGUUAGUGUGUCAGUCCCAUAUUACAUGAAUAAUGUUUUUAUAUAAAAAAAAAAGUAAGGUUAAUGUAGGUUACAACAUUAUGAAAAAGCGUUGUGUGCAUUGGAAUACAGUAGUCAUAAAAAUACUGUAACUAGUGAUUUCACUUGUUGAUAAUAAUGAUUUGCAUUAAUAAAGCAAAAAUAGCAUCUA